AGUUGGGAUUGUUUUGUCCGAUUGACAGCAUCGCAGUAGCCAUGCGUUUCUCUACGAUAACAUCGAUUUGACAAGUGUUUUCGCCACGCAAACAAAACUCAAACUUGUGCUACCAGUCCCAGCUGCACCGAUGCAACCGAUUUUCCGGAGAAACUAACGCUAAACGAGUGUCGGGGAAAAGUGAUGGAAAACAGAAUAUCGUCCAAGAAUGAUUGUGUAGCAGUAUGGCAUUGAAUUUGUUAACGGUGAACAGUCCCAAAGGUACCACCCCGAUCAGUUUCCUGUUGAUCUUAGCAAUUAGUAGCGUGAUGCUACCCGAAAUCAUCUGCACCCAGCCUUCCGCGAGCAAAGUAGAAAAGAUCGUCGACGAUCUUUUCGAAUUAAACAAUGAACCGCUGUUAGAACGGACCUGUUUCACGGCGGACGAUUUAACGGUAAUGCAAGCAAAGCGUCAUUACGAGCAACUCAUACCCGACAGUCAGUCAAACUUUGAACCUCUUAGUGAUGACACAGCCACACGACAAAUUGAGUUUAUCAGCCAAUUGGAAAAUAGAACCAUUGCAGCAUUCGAUGAUUCCAAAGUCCGAAAGCUAAUGCUAAUAGCCUUUGCAGACGCUUAUGGAGCAUAUCUGUUUGGCUAUUUUGUACCGGUGAUGAAAUAUUCUUAUUACGGUGGUUUUGUAAGCUAUUUUGUAGCCAACGGAGCAAUACAACGUUUGAGGAAAUAUGAAACAUUGUUCAGGCAUAGGCCAACCAACUGGAAAUUUUACGAUCUUGAUCCAUCCCUCUUCCUUAGCAAAGUAGAACCGGUAAAUGAAAAACAGUUCAAAGUUGAUGAUCACAACUGUCACCAAUCACUAUCGGCAAGAUUACUGACGCCUACCCUGGAAAUAGAUGUUGAAAGGCAGGAGCUAUUGUUAAUAUCUAUACCACAUUACACCAACGCAACAGUUUGCAAUCCAAAAUCGAAAGAUUCUAGCAGAAUGCUGUUGAACUACUAUAUUGAAAUCGUCAGGUGUUUUGGAAACAAAAAGGACCAACUAGCCAUUUUUCAGCGAGAGCUUUCAGAUUGGUUGUCCUACCAUAUGGAAUACAUUUUAACAAACGACACCCUUCUCUAUCCUGCCUUCGAGGGUGUGCUGCGAAUAAAGAAAAGCUUAGAAGAUGCUCGUAAGCUUCCCAAAAAAUCAAUCACAAAGAGUAACGAACAUUCCGGAGAGGACGAUAUUUUGGACGAAGAUGACACAUCGUUCUUCGAUAGCUCAACUACAUCGGCGAAUCCAACGGAAAUAUCGACACUUAAAAAACUAACUAUCUGGACUGGCUGUAGCUUGGCCGUGUUGCUGGUUGUGUAUAUAGUUUUCAAAAUGCAACAGAAUCAAAAAAUUAUCUCCAAUAAUCGCUUCACACAUGGACGAAGAAAAACACUGCCGAAGCGAAGGACUUCCAGCAUCCGACAGCUGUCUAGAACUGCCAGCGAACAGGAAGAUAUCACUGUUUAUGACCGUUUUAAAAGCGACAAAAUCAAUGAUUCGAAAAUCAAGACCAAAAAGCAUCGAAAUACCUCUAUCGCAAGAUUCAUUAAACGGAUACGACCAAGAAGCUGGAAAUCGGGUGCUAAACAUUACACGCCCAUCAAAACGGAACUGAUGGAUGUAGAAGCCAAUGAUGAUCACUUUUCACCAAGACAGCAACGCACCCCGAAAAGUGACGAUCCUGAAGCAGGACCAUCAGGACUUAAUAGGAAACAGGGACCCCACUUCUGCAGGUGCAUUUCAUGUAUUGGAAAGGAGAUUUCAGAUCAAGAUUCGGACGAAUCAACCACACUGACCGUGAAGUACAGUGGGAGUGACGAUAAUUUAAGAACAUCGAACAACAAAAAGACAAAGAUUGUAUCGUCCGAAUAAAUAAGUAAUGCCUAUGCUGUACCUAUGCUGGAAAGGAGCAUCCUGCCACCUACAAAACUACCAAGGGAGUGGGAAUGAUUAAAAAUUACAGCCGCACAGCCAAGCAACAAUCAAAAAGUAAAGUUAGAGUAUAAAAACUGAAGGAACUCAACAGAUAUAAAUCGCAUUGAAGACGUGCACAUUCAUCUACAGGAUUUUUCCCUCGAAAUCCAGCAGGAAUGUAUCGAAUGGCUUAUAUUGCAGGUAAAAUUAAAUGUUUGAAGCAAAUGCAGAGAGCAUUAAACCAAUGUCUAGAAUCGUGCCGAAUGGGUUUAGUCAGGAGAUGUUUCAUUUCUGUUUUCGAAACCUUUUGAGUGCCGUUUGAAGGUGCCUAUCUUAACACUGCAAAUUAUAAUACAUCCAAUUAGUGUGCUUCCAAUCCAAAGUACAAUUAAUCUCCAAAAUCUACCACCAGUUUUGACACUA